CUUUUCGCCGGGGUUUGGGAAUCCGGGUGGAAGGCGCCCGGGGGAAUCCCAGCUGACUCGCUCACUGCCUUCGAAGUCCGGCGCCCCGCCGGGAGGGAACUGGGUGGCCGCACCCUCCCGGCUGCGGUGGCUGUCGCCCCCCACCCUGCAGCCAGGACUCGAUGGAGGUACAGAGCUCGGCUUCUCUGCCUUGGGAGGGGAGUGGUGGUGGUUGAAAGGGCAAUGGAAUUUUCCCCGAAAGCCUACGCCCGGGGCUCCUCCCAGCUCCAGCGCUACCCUCUGGUCUACCCAACCGGCCGGGCUGCCCCGCCCUCUCAUGGGGAAAACUUAGCCGCAACUUCAAUUUUUGGUUUUUCCCCUAAUGACACUUUAAUGACACUUCCGAGGCUCUCCUCGCCAUCCUCCCGCUUCCGGAGGAGCGCAGAUCGCAGGUCCCUUUGUCCCUGGCGUGCGACUCCCUACUGCGCUGCGAUCUUACGGCGUCCCAGGCUGCUGGCUAGCGCAAGGCGGGCCGGGCACCCUGCGCUCAGCUGGGAGGGUGAGGGACGCGCGUCUGGCGGCCCCAGCUGAGCUGCCGGUUUCUGAGAAGACGCUGUCCCGCAGCCCUGAGGGCUGAGUUCUGCACCCCGUCAAGCUCAGGAAGGCCAAGAAAAGAAUCCAUUCCAAUAUAUGGCCAUGUGGCUCUUUGGAGCAAUGUUCCAUCAUAUUCCAUGCUGGUGAUGUCACACGGAGCACAGAAAUCAAUGUUAGCAGAUAGCCAGCCCAUAAAGAGCGUAUUGUGUUGUAGGAGGCAUCGUGGAUGGAUGGCUGCUGGAAACCCCUUGCCAUAGCCAGCUCUUCUUCAAUACUUAAGGAUUUACCGUGGCUUUGAGUAAUGAGAAUUUCGAAACCACAUUUGAGAAGUAUUUCCAUCCAGUGCUACUUGUGUUUACUUCUAAACAGUCAUUUUCUAACUGAAGCUGGCAUUCAUGUCUUCAUUUUGGGCUGUUUCAGUGCAGGGCUUCCUAAAACAGAAGCCAACUGGGUGAAUGUAAUAAGUGAUUUGAAAAAAAUUGAAGAUCUUAUUCAAUCUAUGCAUAUUGAUGCUACUUUGUAUACAGAAAGUGAUGUUCACCCCAGUUGCAAAGUAACAGCAAUGAAGUGCUUUCUCUUAGAGUUACAAGUUAUUUCACAUGAGUCCGGAGAUACAAGUAUUCAUGAUACAGUAGAAAAUCUUAUCAUCCUAGCAAACAACAGUUUGUCUUCUAAUGGGAAUGUAACAGAAUCUGGAUGCAAAGAAUGUGAGGAACUGGAGGAAAAAAAUAUUAAAGAAUUUUUGCAGAGUUUUGUACAUAUUGUCCAAAUGUUCAUCAACACUUCUUGAUUGCAAUUGAUUCUUUUUAAAGUGUUUCUGUUAUUAACAAACAUCACUCUGCUGCUUAGACAUAACAAAACACUCGGCAUUUCAAAUGUGCUGUCAAAACGAGUUUUUCUGUCAAUAAGAUGAUCAGACCUUGGAUCAGAUGAACUCUUAGAAAUGAAGGCAGAAAAAUGUCAUUGAGUAAUAUAGUGACUAUGAACUUCUCUCAGACUUACUUUACUCAUUUGUUUUUAAUUUAUUAUUGAAAUUGUACAUAUUUGUGGAAUAAUGUAAAAUGUUGAAUAAAAAUACGUACAAGUGUUGUUUUUUGAAGUUGCACUGAUAUUUUACCUCAUCGCAAAAUAGCAUUUGUUUAUGGGUGAUAGUCAAAUUAUGUAUUGGUGGGGAUGAGUACCAAUGCUGCAGGUCAACAGCUAUGCUGGUGUGCUCUUGCCAGUGUGGAACCACUGACUACUGGCUCUCAUUGACUUCCUUACUAAGCAUAGCAAACAGAGGAAGAAUUUGUUAUCAAUAAGAAAAAGAACUAUAUGUGAAUCCUCUUCUUUACACUGUAAUUUAGUUAUUGAUGUAUAAAGCAACUGUUAUGAAAUAAAUUGCAAUAACUGGCA